AUGGCGAAUAAUGCAAACAAUCAUCGCCCUGCUCAACUACCACAAAUCCCGCGAUUAACUACCCCGACCCAACAAGAGAACUUACAAGCUCUAGCUCCAGUAGCAAUUCCCCAACACAUUAUUGCUCCAACAGCAAUUCCUCAACACAUUGCUCCUGCAGCAAUUCCUCAACACAUCGUUGCUCCAGCAGCAAAUCCUCAGGCUUCUCAACACGACCAAUUCAAUUUAAUUCAGGGCAACUCAUUUGUAGUAGACACGAAUUCUACUUCAGAUGCACCGGACUUUGCGAAGACUUUAUUUGAAGGAGACAAUAAUUGGCCUUAA